AAAAAAAAUCUCCAAUUGUGCACAGAUGGAUUUUAGAAAGUGUUAGAGCUUUCCAAUGAACACUAAUAGAGUACUCUGCUCUUGGCUGGAUUUUUCAGAGAAUGGCAAUGGUCUCUGCGAUGUCCUGGGUCCUGUAUUUGUGGAUAAGUGCUUGUGCAGUGCUCCUAUGUCAUGGAUCUCUUCAGCACACUUUCCAGCAGCACCACCUGCACAGACCAGAAGGAGGGACAUGUGAAGUGAUUGCCGCACACAGAUGUUGUAAUAAGAAUCGCAUCGAGGAGCGGUCGCAAACAGUCAAGUGUUCCUGUCUACCUGGAAAAGUGGCUGGCACGACAAGAAACAGACCUUCCUGUGUUGAUGCUUCCAUAGUGAUUGGGAAAUGGUGGUGUGAGAUGGAGCCUUGUCUAGAGGGAGAAGAAUGUAAGACACUACCUGAUAAUUCCGGAUGGAUGUGCGCUACAGGCAAUAAAAUUAAGACUACAAGAAUUCACCCAAGAACCUAAUGGAAGCAUUUGUUAUAGUAGCAAAGGAAAAUCACCUCUGCGGAAAAUACAUUUUAAGAAUUUAAAACAUCUUACACAUUACAAGCCAAAUGGAUUUCUUAUUUGCACUUUGACUGGUUACCAGAUAAUCACAGUGCUUUUACUGUGUGUCACAAAGUAUCCUAUAGUGAGAAGACCCCACGCUUUUGGCAGCACCAUGGAAAGUGGGUUU